GAAGCGAAAACGUAACAAAAUUAGGAAAAUAUAUUUAUUCGACUUAAUUAAUAACUUUGAAGCUGAAAUGUUGAUUUGUUGUUUAUAAAAUACAAUGACCGACUGUUACAUGUGAUAGAACUGAAAUUAAUUGGUAAAAUGAGAAUAAAACAGCGUAAUUAAUUAGUAGAAUGUGAGGAGUCCGAUUGAAGAAUUCCAUAUUAAUAUAUGUUAUCCUGUUGUUUAUGAGGCAUUGAUAAAACGAAUAUCACAUCCUGUUGACAUAAAAGAAAUUACUUCAUUCAGAUGUGCCUCUGAUAUUUUUAUCAACUUUUAUUGACUAAAGGAAGACGAUAUAUUUAUAAGGAGCAUUCAUCAAUACAUAUACGUUUUUAUAUAAAGAAAGUCUAUGACAAAAUAUUGGGAAAUAUUUCUUCUGGAUGAUGGAAUUAACAGCAACAAUUUGAAGUCUUUGCCGUCUGGAAUAUAGAGGAGAUGAUUGCUUUACAGGUUAAUUAAGCUUGGAUAACUUUACAAAGGGGUAGACAAUUGUCACCUCUUGAUUUAGAUAUUAAGCAAGAUCUCAGCUGAAAGAAACGGCAUUAAAUUAUUCCCUAAAAAUAGUGACAAAACUGAACACAAACAUUCUCAUAGAAAUGAAAUAAACACUAUCAUUGUGAUAUUUAUGACAGAUUAUCCUCUCAUGAUGAAUCCUUUAACUGAAGCAAAUAACCCUGAUACAGGUGAGAAACCAUAUCACUCUAAUAUCUGCAGUGUAUCAUUCUCUGAUAGUGGUGUCUCGACUAUACAUGAACAUACACAUACAGGAGAAAAGCCAUAUCCAUGUGAUAUCUGUGGUAAAUCAUUCACUCAGAGUAGUGACUUAAUUAAACACAUACGUACACAUACAGGUGAGAAGCCAUAUCCAUGUGAUAUCUGUGGUAAAUCAUUCUCUCAGAGUGGUCAUUUGACUGCACACAUCCGUACACAUACGGAGGAGAAGCCCUACUGUUGUGAUAUCUGUGGUAAAUCAUUCUCUCUAACUGGUAAAUUGACUAAGCACAAAUAUACACAUAGAGUUGACAAGCCACAUCAUUGUGAUAUCUGUGGUAAAUCAUUCUCUCAGAGCGGUUAUUUGACUAAACACAAACUUACACAUACAGGCGAGAAGGCAUAUCAUUGUGACAUUUGUGGUAAAUCAUUCUCUGCAAGUGGGGGCUUGAUUAGGCACAAGCUUACACAUACAGGAAAGAAGCCAUAUCAUUGUGAUAUCUGUGGUAAAUCUUUCUCUCUGAAUUGUAACUUGACGAAACACUUGCAAACACAUACAGGGGAAAGACCAUAUCGUUGUGAUAUCUGUGGUAAAUCAUUCUCUCGAAGUGGUAACUUGGAUACUCACAGACGUAUCCAUACAGGAGAGAAGCCAUAUCACUGCGAUAUCUGUGGUGAAUCAUUCUCUGGUGGCAGUUACUUAAUUAUGCACAAACUUACGCAUACAGGGGAGAAGCCACACCAUUGUGAUAUUUGUGGCAAAUCAUUCUCUCAAAGUAGUUCUUUGACUAGUCACGUACGUACACAUACAGGUGAGAAGGCAUAUCAUUGUGAUAUUUGUGGCAGAUCGUUCUCUGAAGGUGGUCACUUGACCAGACACAAACGUGUUCAUACAGGAGAGAAGCCAUAUCGUUGUGAUAUCUGUGGUAAAUCAUUCUCUCAAAGUAGCGUUUUAACUGACCACAAACGUAGACAUUUAGGAGAAAGACCAUAUCAUUGUGAUAUCUGUGAUAAAUCAUUUUCUAGAAGUGGUGACUUGACUAAACACAAAUUUAUGCAUACAGGAGAAAAACCAUAUCAGUGUGAUAUCUGUGGUAAAUCUUUCACUUGUAGUACUUACUUAAGCAAGCACAAAUUUAGACAUACCGGAGAGAAGCCGUAUCAUUGUGAUAUCUGUGGUAAAUCAUUCUCUCAGAGUUGUCAUUUGACUAAACAUAAACUUACACAUACAGGGGAGAAGCUAUAUCAUUGUGAUAUCUGUGGUAAAUCAUUCCCUCAAAAAGGUCACUUAAGUAGACAUUUGAGUAUUCUUACACAAGUGUAAAAAUAUCAACAUCAAAAUUUAUUACAACAUAUCAACAAUUAUGAGUUUUUCGUCUUCUACCAGACAAGGUUUAUUCCUUUUCAAGCUUGAUGUAUUCAACUUCAAUUUCAUGAAUCACAACUUCAGUAUCGUGGAUAUAUCUAAAUAUAUCAACACAGGGAGAACUUUGAUUUUUGAAGAUGAUUGUGCUGGAUUUUUGAGGAAUUUGUUAGGAGAGAAUAAAGGAAUGGGAAUAAGGAAUAAAAAUUUUAAGUGACAUUGA